AUGCUCCUGCCCAGACUGCUGGCGCUAAGCGCGGCCCUUGCCGCCGCCUCGGCCACUCCCGCCGGCCCGGACGACCGCGCCGUGCAGGCGGAGGGUCCGUCGUACCUCUCGGCCCGCGAGGUGGCCGAGCUCAAGGCCGCACAAAAGCAUCGCCCGGGCUAUUUCCACCAAAACGUCACGCUGGGCACCGGCGCGGAUGCCCUCGUCGUCCCCGUCAUCGAGGGCGAUUACGACGUGCUCCUCGACGGCGAAAAGGGCGUGCGGGCGCGGGCCCUGGCCCCCCGCGGCGCCUGCGCCAAGUUCAGCAAGCUAUGGGGCUCGUGCUCGGUGAAUUACUGCUGGAAAGACGGCAGCGGCGUUGCCCAGUCGGCGUACAUCACCGUCAAGGGCGCCACGGGGAAGAAGGGGUCUGGGAUUCCCGACAGCGUGUACAGCAGCAACACCAAGGUCCUCAACCUCGACCGGUACGGCAACGACGGAUACAAUGGCUGGUUUGCGAGGCGCCACGAGUGCCACGACGGCGACACGCAGAUGUUCACCGCCCAUCUGAUCCAGGGGACCGUGGUGGGGAGAGCCAUGGUCGACAAGUUUAGGUGCGACAUUUGCGAUUUCGACCGAUUGCGCUGCUACAGCAGCUUCUUGGCGAACAACUUGGUCGCCCUGGGGUCCGAUAGCACUGCGUAUUGCCGCAGCCCCGAAGCGCUGAACUAG